CUGAUUAGUUCGCCGGGCGUUUCGGUGUUUCGCAAUCAGUAAGCAAUCGGUGUAGAUAUCGGUAGAAACUGGUCAUGCACAUCAAGAUUCAGUGUGUAUAUUUCGUGUUGGUUAGAGAGUCACGAUAUGAGAAACAAUCAUGCCAUCUGCCAAAGUCAAGGGUAAAGCCGAUGAGGCUGGCCACCAGGCCCUCAGUGCAUCUGGAGCAGCUUGUCCAGGCAGCCAGUCACUAAGGCAGCCGAGGAAGAGGACCAGAAAGAACAAGGCAAAGAAGGCAGCCAAGAAGAAGAUGCGGAACAUGAAACUGCCGACGAGACUCGCCAGACUCCUGAGCUACAAGGCCAAGAGGGCCAGUCUAGAAGUUUUGCAGGCAGAGUCUGUGCAGUCAAACCAAACGUUACAGGCAGGAAGCACAGCACUAACACACUGUGACAAAAAUGUUUCACCUGUAGUUUCUAGCGACAGGGUCAAGGGUUUUUUGGAGGGAUGCAAGAACGGAUGUUCAUCUACCUUUCAUAAAGCAUUAGCAUGUAGCUCUUCUCAUGGGGAGAAUAAAUCGAAUGGAACUUUUCUUGGAGAUAUUAAUAGUAGGGAUGGAAGUUCGGAUGGAUGGAGACUGAUUCCAAAGGAGAAGCUCAUUGCUCUUGAUUGUGAAAUGGUCGGCGUGGGUCCACAGGGGAGAACUAGUGCCCUGGGGAGGUGCAGCAUCGUCGAUUACGACUGUAACAUCUUAUACGAUUCUUACAUCAAGCCGGAGCUGGCAAUCUUCCACUACCGGACGCCAUGGAGCGGCAUCCGCAAACACCACAUGGUGGACGCCGUCCCCUUCCGGGAAGCUCAGCAGCAGAUCGCUGGCAUCCUGCAAGGGAAGAUCCUGAUUGGCCAUGCACUGAUAUCUGACAUCCAGGUCCUCCAGCUCGGCCACCCAUGGGAGGAUACAAGGGACACCAGCAUGUACAAGGGCCUGUGUGAGCUGGCCGGAUUGACCAUCGGCCCGGGUCAGCACCCCAGCUUGAAGAGGCUGACCAAGCAGCUCUUUGGCCACUCCAUCCAGCAGGGCGAGCACUGCUCCGUUGAGGAUGCCCGCGCAACAAUGAACCUCUACAAACUUGUUGAGCGCCAGUGGGAGGAAGAAAGAGUGUCUGGUUUCUCCGACAAGGGUUUCCGGGUCAGCUUCAUGGACGAUCAUUUUUGGCCGGAGGAUCUAGACCAGUAAAAUGCCUUGACGUGGCCCUGGUUUCUCCGCCAAUUUCCUUACCUUCAUAACUCCGUCACUAUGCUCACAUGAAUUUGUCAAUUUCUGGAUAAAUGAAAUUCAUUUUUGAACUUGUGAAAUGCAAAAAUUUUAAGUUGUCGGUGAAUUUUUGCUUGGCAAAAAUGCAUUAGAAAAAUAUAUUUAAUAUGCACUUUAUGAUUUCCAAAAUUCUAGAAUUUCAGAAUUGUGUUCUUCGUAAAUUUAUCCUUCAAUCUAUUUAAUCCUUUCAUUAUAUGAAACACCAAGUUGGCUUGUUGAAUAAUCUAAGCUACCUUCUCGUCUUCCACGGUCUCU